AUGGAAGAAUCGAAGACGUCCGAAGGUCUGAUCAAGAAUGCAGGAGGACUGACGGGAACAACUCCUAGAGAGAUGGUGCGAGAGGACGGCACAUCAGACUUUGCCGGAGUGAUCGGAGCCUGGAGGACUCUCAUGAAAGUGAUAGCUGAUGAAGAGGCCAAGGAAGAGAAGGGGGAACAGGAGGAGGCCAGCUCAAAGUUCUCGAGCUCGCUAGCGACACUCUUUCAACUUCAAUGUGACCUGAUCGAGAGCCUUGAAGGCAACGCAGCUCCGGCAGAGCUGGAGACCGUGAUGAAGCGGAUAGCUUCGACGUCCUCAGCUCUAGAGCAUCGUAUGUCCCGAGAGACCGCACAAGGGCAGCGAGAUCAAGGCAGCAUGUUUCACUAUGAGAGAGUGAUAGGAGGAGCUAUCCUCGCAGGGAUCUCUUGGUUGUACUCGGAGGACCCCUCCUACGAGCUCACCAGCGCCAUAUUCUCCUUGCCUUUCCUCGUCCAACAGCACAAGUUUGACUCCCUGCCUGCCCCUGCCCCCGAGGCCCUGAAGUUGCUCAGAAAUCUCCUCUGCGUGUGGAGAGACUUUGCCAAGCUGAGUAACGAAGAAGAGGGAGGAAAGGUGAUAGACGACGCAACAUCGUUGGUAGGGGGACAGGACGGAAGUCGUGAGAAGGGAGAUGUGCAUGAAGUAAUGCCGGUGGAACCAGAGAGGAUUGAAGAGUUUGACGUGUCGACAAGAGAAAAGUCAGAGGAGGAAGAGAGUCAAGAAACGAGCGAAGGAGCACCAAAGAUGGAUGGGAGUGAAACGAUGAUGCAGCAAGAGGAAAUCAGAAGUUCAGUUGGAGGGCAAAAGGAGGGGGAGCAACAGGACACGUCGAAUUUCAAACCAGCAGGCGAGGCAUCGAGGGAGGGAGAUGAAGGAUCAUACCAGAAGGAGGAGGAGAAUAUCCCAGGGGAUGAAAAAUCAGGGAGAGAAAGCGGGGAAGUCUUGCAGGAGGAAGAAGAGAGUGAGAGGUUGGAAGGAGGUGGGGGGGAGACUAGACCUGUGCUUCCGAGGGACACACAAGACGAGAUGGCAGAUGUUCACAACCAACUCGAUGAUGAGUCUGGAUGGAAUCAACAUAUCGCUGGAGGAGGAGGAGAAGGAGAGAGAGAAGGAGAAGGAGGAGAGCAAGGAGGAAGAAGAGAAGAGGAACGAGGAGGAGAGGACGAAGGAGUGGAACGAGGAGGAGAGGGAGGAGAAGUGGAGCACGAGACUUUGCAGGCCAUCGCUCCAGACAUCGUCGUGGCACUGAAUUCGAUCGUCGAGCUGAUCGAGGACAUGGAGCUUGACCAGGAUGGAGUCUUCGACCUCUUGGACCACAACCGAGACGGCAGGAUCACCGUCGACGACCUUGUCUGCGUCUCCGACUGCCAUCACCUCGACCUUCAUCCGGACCAUGUCGCCCAGUUCUACGAGUGGAUGAGACUAGGCGCUGAAAGCAUCGAUAGAGAUGUAUGGGCGGAUGUGCUGCUGAGAGUCGACAGACUUCAUCGACUUGCUCAGCAGGAGCAGGAGCAGGAGCAGGUGCAGGUGCAGGUGCAGGUGCAAGUGCAGGAGCAGGAGCAGGAGCAGGAGCUUGAGCAGGAGCAGGAGCAGGUGCAGGUGCAGGUGCAGGUGCAGGAGCUUGAGCAGGAGCUUGAGCAGGAGCAGGAGCAGGAGCAGGAGCAGGAGCAGGAGCAGGAGCAGGAGCAGGAGCAGGAGCAGGAGCAGAAGCAGGAGCAGGAGGAUCCAACGAUUAGAUUUAUUGGCUUGGAGGCAAACCUGAAGGAUUCAAACCCCCUGGUUGCACAUGCAAUUUUGAAUGUAGUUGGCAGCGAAGACAAGCAGGAGGAAGAGGACGCGACUAUGAACUCCAGAGGAGAGGAGGAAGAGAAGCAGGAGCAGGAGCAGGAGCAGGAGCAGGAGCAGGAGCAGGAGCAGGAGGAGAGACAGAGGGGUUUAGAGCUACAAACUGAGACAGAAGGGGAUGGGUUGAGAGCCACCGCGGAAAAGGAGGAAGCAACGGGGGCGAGUCUGCAAGGAGAGGAGAGAGGGGAGGAGAGAGAGUCGAUAAGCGAGGAUGGAGGGUUGAUAGGGGAAGGGGAUGAAGACGGAAAGACUGAAGUCGUGAGAGAAGGAGAAAAAAAGGUGGAGGCGACUACACAGGACGAGGAGGAGAAAGCUGGGGAGACAGAAGCGGAAACGAGUGUCGAAAUGCCUCGAGAACUCAAGGGGCAAGAGGAGGGGCAAGAGGAGGGGCAAGAGGAGGGGCAAGGGAGGGAGCAGCAGGAGGGGGAAGGGGAGGAUCAGCUCCAGGAAAUCAGUCAAGAAACUAGCACGGAAACCACGAGCGGCCUUUGGGACAAGGACGGAGAAGCAGAAGAGAGGAAGGAGGAAGUGAUGAACUUGAAAGAGACGAGAGAAGGAUUGAGCAAUGGCGAAGAGAAAGUCGAAGUGGUAGAGACAGUCACGCAGGAGCAGGAGCAGGAGCAGGAGCAGGAGCAGGAGCAGGAGCAGGAGCAGGUGAAAGAAGACGUAGAUAUGCGUGAUAACGAUCAAUCUGGUCAAAGUCAGCAAGAAGAAGAGAAAAUGCUGAGAAGUGCAGUUGAAGAGGAGGGGAGAGAAGAAAUCUUCAUGAGCGGGCAGAUAGACCGAGAGAAUGCAAGUCAGUCGAUGCAGGAAGCAGAAGUGACAAGGGGAGAAGAGGAGGGAGGGGGCGGAGAUCAGUCGGCAGAGGCGAAGGAGGCAGAAGAAGGGAAAGAGGAGAAUGGAGGAAAGGAGGAGAAGCAGGUAGUCGAAAAUCAGUUGGAGACUAGCGGACAGGUAUCGAUGGUAGAGAAAGAGGAUGAAGAAAGAGCAGAUGAAGGUUGGAGGACGGGGGGGGGAGGAGGAGAAGGGGAGAAGGAGGAGGGAAAACAGCGGAAGGAAGCUGAAGAAAGGAGGGAGAGAGAGCCAGGAAGUGAAGAAACUUGUGAUGAGGAUCUUGGAAGAAGUGAAGUAGAACUACAGACAGGAAAGAUUGAAAUGACAGGAGGAAGAAGCAGAGAGGAAUCGAAGGAGGGCGGAGGAAAGGAGGAGACCAAUGAAGGAAUGGAAGAUACGGGAGAGAAAAAUGACGGGGAAGAUGUAGAGGGAGAGAGUAAUGAGGAGAAAACGCCAGAGCAGACAGAAAGGAUGGAAGAGAAGGAGGAGAAGGCAAGAGGGAAAGUGGAUGAGAGGGAGACGAAGGAGGAAGAGGAACAAGAAAAGGGUACAGGGUUAGACAGACAACAGGUAGCAAUAAGUUCAGAGGAGGGCGAGACUGAGGAAAGAAGAGUUGAAGGGUCGGCGGAGAUGGGAGAAGCGAGAGGAGAAGACAAGAUAGAGGGGAAAGAAGAUGAGAAAGAAGCAGUGUCACUCGUUGAGGUGGGAGGAGAAACAAAUGGUGAUGUGAAGGAGGAGGAGGAGGAAAAGGAGAAGAAACGUGAAGCAGACAGCCAGGAGCAAGAAAAAGGUUUGGAGGCUGCACAACACAAAGAGACGAAGGAAGUGUCCCUUGUAUUCCCAGAGGAUGAAUUGAGAAAGUCGCCUCCUCCGAGCAAGGAGAAGAAAGCACGCGACAAGCCCUUGCUCGUCAGUCUCCUCCACAACUUCGAUGGCACUAGAGCUCCCAACAGCCCGCGGUCUCUGCGAGCCUGCGAGCAGGAGGGUAUCCUACCUCACGAGCUCGUCCUCAAGCCUCUCGCCGCCUUCAGGGACUUCUCCUCCCCUCCUCGCGUCCACAAGAUCCGCUACGAGAGCCAUGAGAGGAGGAGAAAGGAGCGACUGCAGGUCGUGCUGGCAGCAGCUCAAGCGAUCCGCGACGGAGUGCAGGAGGAGAGGAGAGAGGAGCGAGGAAACAAGACCCAGGAAUUGGAGAUCAGGCUGGGCCAGGAGCACGAGGAGGGACAGGAGGAGGGGAAGGAAGAGGAGCGUGAGGAGGAGGAGGAGGAGGAGGAGCGAGGUGGGAGUGAGCUGGACCUCUCAGUCUCUUCCAUCAGCAGAGGCAGCACAACCUCCACCACCUCUCGCUCUGCUCUCGACCGGACGGCGCACCUGCAGAAGCUGAUCGCCGAGCUGAGAAAGCGAGCCGAGAACGAGUUUCAGCUGGAGAUGUACAAGAGGAGAGCGCAGAACGAGAAGGAGGUGCAGGCGAUACUGCAGGCUGAGACGAGGAGGAGGAGCCUUGAGUUGUCGAUCCAGAACAAGAUUGACGCGCAGAACAGGAAGGAGGAGGAGCGGAAGGAGGAGGAGCGAGCAAGAGUAGCAGAGCUGCGGAGGCUCGAGGCUGAGCGGCAGAUGGCGAAGUUUAGGAGGCAGCAAGAGGAGGAGGAGAGUCUGAAGCGGAAGCAGGCAGAGAUGGAGGAGCAGGAGAAGAUGAGGAGGGAGAAGGAGAGGCAGGAGAUGGAGGCGCAGGAGGAGGAGAGUCGAAGGAAGAAGGAGGAGAAAGAGAGGAUACGGGAGGAGAAGGCUGAGAGGAGGAGGAGAGCAGCCCAGCGUGCGGAGGAGGAGAAGAGGAGGAGGAUGGAGGAGGUGGAGGUAAAGACGCAGGUCAGGGUAGAGACACUGCAGAAAAUGAAGGAGGAGAAGGUGGAGAUGCUGGCGCUGCAGGAGAAGAGAAAGCAGCAGAGGAAGGAGGCGGCGCAACAGAAUCUUGAGAAGAUGGCGCAAGAGAAGGAGGCGAGUCUGAUCAGAAAGAGCGAGCACCUUGAGAAACUUCAGUCGCUCCAGGCAGAGAGGAGGAGGCAGAUCAUGGAGGACCUGAUGCGGAUGAGCGAGAGGAAGGAGACGAAGCGGCAGCACGCGAAGGAGAAGGCGGAGACGGAGCUGAAGGAGAGGAUCACCAAGAUUAGGGAGAAAGAGGAAGAGACCUGUCGUCGGCUGGAGGAGAAGAACAAAGAGAGGACGGAGCAAGAGAUCCAACGGGCCCUGGAGUCUGAGAUGGAGGUCGUGGAGCGGAGUAAAAGGAUCGCCGAGUUUCAGAGGAAAGAGAGGAUCAGGCAGAUGGAGGAGGAGAAGGCUGUGGCUGAAGAGAUGCAGAAAGUGAAGGAAAACAUCAUGCAGCAGAAGAGAAAGUUGAAGAUUGAGCUUGAAAUGGUCGACGAUACUGCCCGGCAGCUGCAGCAGAAAUCCAAAGAGGACGACAAGCAAGAUUCGGAGAAGCUGGAGAAGCUGGUGGAGGAGGAGGAGAAAGAGGAGCAGGAGGCGCAGAAGAAGUUGGAGGAGGAGCUUCACGAGAAAAGAGCGGAGAAAAGGGAGGAAGAAGAAGCGAAGGGAGUGAAGGAGAGCGAGCGAGCGAGCGAAAUAGGGGAUGCGGGAAGCGAGGUCAGAGAUGAGAGGAGGGAGGAGGAGGAGGGAGAGGACAGAGGGGUAGACAGGGAGGUCGACUGGCAGGGAGAGGAGGAGGUUGAAUUUGAUGCAAACAAGCAUGGAGAGCGGACAAAGAAAGAAUGGGAGGAGGACGAAACCAAGAAUCUCAGCACGUCGGAGCGGCAAAAAGUGGAUGGCCCACAGCAUGAGGGAAUCCCAGUCGGACAGGAGGAGGAACAGGAGGAGCAGGAGGAGACAUCCAACAAAGCAGCAGCUCGUGGAGAGGCAGCGGAUCUCAAGGAAGAGCAGCAGCAGCAGCGUGAAACGGAAGAAAGAAGCAAAAUGGAGGACGCAAGGAAACCUUCUCCUGUGCAGACCGCAACAUUACUACGCCAGGAGAAGGAGGAACAGCAGCAGCAGCAGCAGCAGCAGCAGCAGCAGCAGCAGCAGCAGCAGCAGCAGCAGCAGCAGCAGCAGCAGCAGCAGCAGAAGCAGCAGAAGCAGCAGGUAGUGGUAGUGGAGAGACGGAAAGCUGAGGAGGAAGGGGAUUUUCCACCCUCGAAGGGACCUCAGUCGCCUCCUCCUGAUCAGACGGUAAGGCCCCUGCACAAGAUCACGAGAGAUGAGCUCUACUCUGUUAUUGCCGUCCUCCGACCAGAGCAAGCUGAGGUACAGAUGGAGGGCGCGAGAGAGUGGCGGAAGAAGAGGACAGAGAAGUGGUGCUACGGCUAG